UACAAUCACCGUACGGUGGGAUUCACACAACCCCUCGCCACCGCCACCGUCAUCGCCGUUUAAACAAACCACCAGUGAAUGCAUUUGUAUCCUCCCUCUGACAACAACCAUGGUGAAUGCUUCCCAUCCUGACAAUGAAUGUGGUUAUGGUGUUGCUGGCUCCAAUCGCAGUGCAUGUUCUUCACUAACCCUCGGUCGUGGAAAACCGCCGUCUCUGGCUGGUUCUGCACAUUUUUUCCGGAAGUCAACGGCCGAGAUGGAGGAGGAAGAUGGUUUCUAUCAGAAGCUCAACAAACUGAAUGAAUCCUCUGGUUUUAGCCUACUUUUUAACUUUCGUGACUCGAGCAUGGACUUGCACCAGUUCUACAAAAUCGUGACUGAAAGAGGCGGGUAUCUUCAGGUCACAAAAGACGGAAAAUGGGAAGAUGUUGCGUUCAGUUUGAAUCAACGAAACCGAGUGCCGUUGGCACCGAAUCAAUUUCAGAAGCUCUACGCUACCUUUCUGUACUCGUUUGAGCAGAUGUAUCACUAUCGGAGUCCCGUAAAACGGUCUCGGGACAUGGAAUCCAAAAAAAAAUUCUUAAGCGGGUCAACGGGGAAGAGGAAGAUUGAUGACGACGAACUUUACUUAUGCGAUCGGGAAAUUCCGUUCAAGAAAAUUGAGUGUGAUCUUGGUUCUCGGGAACUGGUUAUGGAGACUCCAGUUAAAGUCAAAGAAGCGAGAAAAGAUCCGCGUGCGCCACUCGGGUCAAGAAACUGUUAUCAGAUGUUCCUCAAGAUUGAAUGUGAGAGGCUAAAGAGAAUACAUGGAGAGACGCCAUCCGCUCUGCUCCGAGACAUGGUCGUUGAAGUGUGGCGACACCUCUCUAAUGACGAUAAACAGCCAUAUAUCGAGGCAAGUAAGAAAGACAAGGAGCGAUUCACUCGAGAGAUGGCCGAAUAUGAGGAAAACAAGAGAAAUCAACGAAACCAACCUCAAAUGACAACUCAAAAACUCGUCCACUUUUCAAGCCCAACUCUCAUUGACUUCACAAAAACACCUCCGCGAAAAGCAGUUGACGGGUCCCACACAAUAGCUUGUCAUGAUGCCGGAAACCAGAUAGUCGUAGAUUUCACAGAGCCAUGCUCUGUCGAAACCGAUGGCGACUACCAUGUCGCCUUGCAAGCUAAUGACGGUCAGGGAAUCGCACAAGUGACAAAUGAACCGAUGGUUCAAAUGGCGGCUGGGUUAAUGAAGAAAAAUGCAUGACAAAAUCAUCCUGCUUUUCAGAUCAACUGGGACGAGUAUCGUGGCUCGAUCAUUUGACCGUGGUUCGACUUUUGUGCAUACACUAACUUGGUUUGGUAUCUAUAUAUAUGUAUGGAUCUUCAUUGUUCUACUUUCUAUCGUUCUGUUAAUA